AUGGAUAGACUUACAAAAUGCCCAGCAAACUAUGUGCCUCUCACCCCUCUAACUUUUAUCAAGAGAGCUGCCAUAGUUUACACCAACCGGACCUCUGUUAUCUACGCUGGAGUCCGCUUUACUUGGCGCCAAACCUACCAACGCUGCUGCCGUUUCGCCUCCUCCCUCCGAUCCCUCAACAUUGUCAAGAACGAUGUUAUAUCAGUGUUGGCACCAAAUGUACCUGCGUUAUAUGAGAUGCAUUUUGCAGUGCCCAUGGCUGGAGCUGUACUUAACGCAAUCAACACAAGGCUAGAUGCCAAAAAUAUAGCCACUAUUCUUCACCACUCCGAAGCGAAGGUCUUCUUUGUAGACUACCAGUACGUUCCGUUGGCUUCAGAGGCCGUCCGUUUGCUUGUGGCGGAUUUAGAACACACGUCUGCAGCCAAUUACGCAAUGCCAUUGGUCAUCGUGAUUGAUGACAUUCACAAGCCCACGGGCGUCCGUCUUGGAAAGCUGGAGUACGAGCAACUCAUCCACCAUGGUGACCCCAGGUACUUUGGUGAAGAAGUCGAGAAUGAAUGGGACUCGAUCGCGUUGAACUACACAUCAGGGACGACUUCAGCACCAAAGGGGGUGGUUUAUAGCCACCGUGGUGCUUUUUUGAGCACGAUGAGUUUGAUUCAAGGUUGGGAGAUGAGUACUGAACCGGUUUACAUGUGGUCGCUUCCCAUGUUUCACUGCAAUGGCUGGACUUUCACAUGGGGGGUGGCUGCAAGAGGCGGAACCAACGUCUGCAUACGCAACACCUCCGCCAGCGAAAUGUACCAAGCUAUCUCCCAGCACAAAGUUACUCAUAUGUGUUGUGCACCUAUAGUCUUUAACAUUCUUCUCGAAGCAAAGCCUAAUGAGCGUCGUGAAAUAACCUCCAACGUCAACAUACUCACCGGAGGGGCGCCUCCGCCUCCUUGCCUCUUGGAGAAGAUGGAGAAUCUUGGAUUCAAUGUCAUGCAUGCCUACGGCCUUACGGAGGCUACCGGACCUGCACUCAUCUGUGAGUGGCAGACGAAGUGGAAUCAACUUUCUCAAGACCACCAAGCGAAAUUGAAGUCCCGUCAAGGUGUCGGGAUCCUAACACUUUCCGACGUCGACGUGAAGAUCAAGGAAACAAUGGAGAGUGUUCCAAGCGACGGGAAGACAAUGGGAGAGAUCGUUCUCCGAGGAAGCAGCAUCAUGAAAGGGUACUUAAAAGACGAAAAGGAGACUGAGAAAGCUUUCCACAAAGGAUGGUUUUUCACGGGGGACGUUGGGGUUAUUCAUCCCGAUGGGUAUCUAGAAAUCAAAGACCGGUCAAAAGACGUGAUCAUUUCCGGUGGAGAAAACAUUAGCAGCGUAGAACUCGAGUCUGUUCUAUUCAAACACCCAACCAUACUUGAAGCUGCGGUUGUUGCAAUGCCCCAUCCAAGAUGGGGAGAAAGCCCUUGCGCUUUUGUUGUCUUGAAAACGACAACAGAAAACGUAACAGAAGACGAGAUCUUAAAACACUGCCGGAAAAAUAUGCCGAAGUUUAUGGUCCCAAAGAAGGUGGACUUCUUAAAAGAGUUGCCAAAAACAGGAACUGGUAAAAUCCAAAAGGUGGAGCUUAGAAAAAUUGCAGCUUCAUUUGUGAUUUCUACAAAAACAAACAAGUCGUCCAUAAAUAAAGUCCACAGGGAUCAAACUUGGUACCACCAAGAUGAAGAAAAAGUUCUUGCAAUGUCUCGUCUUUAA